AUGGAGGAGAAGAAGGUCGAAGAGAGCACCGUCCAGACUGCCUUGGACGGUCCUCCAGCCUAUGGCGACUCAUCUCCAACGCGGGGAGGCAUGGGCCAACGGAUAAUCGACAGUUUCAAGAGAGACCCCAACCAAACUGUCUCCGGCCAUUCUGGAGCUGAUGGCGCUGGCUUCGAUCUCGAAAAUGCCGCCCACAACACUGCCAACUCCCCCCUCAAGCGUCACUUGAAGGGGCGUCAUCUCCAGAUGAUUGCGAUUGGUGGUUCUAUUGGUACUGGUCUCUUCGUUGGUUCCGGAUCUGUUUUGGCCGCCGGCGGUCCAGCCUCAGUUUUGAUUGCCUAUGUUCUGAUUGGCUGCAUGCUUUACUGCACAGUUCACGCCUUGGGUGAAAUGGCAGUUCUCUUCCCAGUUGCCGGUUCUUUCGCUCAUUACUCGACUCGUUUCGUGGAUCCUGCGUGGGGGUUUGCUAUGGGCUGGAACUACGCUCUUCAGUGGCUCAUUGUCCUACCCUUGGAGGUCGUCGCUGCUUCGAUCACAGUUGAUUAUUGGAGCCCAGGUGUUUCCAAUGCUGCCUGGGUAACCAUCUUCUGGGUUCUGAUUGUCUCAAUCAACAUGUUUGGUGUGCGAGGAUAUGGUGAGGCUGAGUUUGUGUUCUCCAUCAUCAAGGUUAUUGCCGUUAUUGGUUUCAUCAUCCUUGGGAUUAUCCUCAACUGCGGCGGUGGUCCCGAAGGUGGAUAUAUCGGCGGCAAGUACUGGCAUGACCCUGGUGCAUUCAGAAACGGUUUCAAGGGUCUCUGCAGUGUUUUCGUCAACGCUGCGUUUGCUUUUUCUGGAACCGAACUUGUUGGUCUCGCCGCAGCUGAAACCACAAAUCCCCGCAAAUCCCUUCCGACUGCCGUUAAGCAGGUCUUCUGGCGUAUUGCUCUCUUCUACGUCGUUUCCCUUGCUAUCGUCGGCCUCCUCGUAAGAUACGACGACCCCAAACUCAUCAGUGGUACCUCCUCCGCCGAUGCCAAGGCCUCUCCUUUCGUCAUUGCCAUUGAGAAUGCCGGAAUCAAAGUCCUGCCUUCGAUCAUGAACGUUGUCAUCUUGAUUGCUGUCCUGUCUGUUGGCAACUCCUCCGUCUACGGAUCUUCGCGUACUCUUGCUGCCCUUGCCGACCAGGGUCAAGCCCCCAAGUUCCUCGCAUACAUCGAUCGCCAGGGUCGUCCUCUACCCGCCAUUCUGGUUGCAUCUGCCUUGGGUCUGCUUUGCUACCUCGCUGCCUCAGAUGUGCAGACUACUGCCUUCGCCUGGAUGAUGGCCAUCUCGGGUCUAUCGUCUGUCUUCACCUGGGGUUCUGUGUGCGGUGCCCACAUCCUCUUUCGUCGCGCGUGGAAGGUACAGGGCCACAGCCUGGACGAGUUGGCCUUCCGUUCUCAGCCCGGCAUCAUUGGCUCGUGGGUCGGUCUUAUUUUCAACUGUCUCGUGCUGAUUGCGCAGUUCUGGGUUGGUUUCGCCCCCAUUGGUUACGCAGACAUGACCUCCCAGCAGAUUGCCUACAACUUCUUCUCUGUCUACUUGGCCGCCCCCGUGGUUCUGGUAUCCUACGUCGGUUAUAAGAUUGUGUAUAGGACCAAGUUUAUUCUCCCCUCCGAGGCCGAUUUGGCUACCGGUCGUCGCGACCUUGAUGUCCAGCAUUUGAUUGAGCAGGAGCGGGCCGAGCAAAAACAAUGGCCGAAGUGGAAGAAGGUUUACAAUUUCUUCUGUUAA